UGAGCUUCCAUCCCUCCACCUUCUCUUGAAACAAACAAAGUAAAAGUCCAGAACUCCCAAAUCUAUUAAAAUAGUUUAGCAUAAACCCUAAAAAGCGUAGAUUUAAAUCUGCUGUCUUUUCUGAUUUGAGUUCCAGUUUCAUUGCACAGCUUCUGCAACUCAAAUCAACAAUCUCGCUUGCAAGGUAAUGUCUAAUUCCGUGACGAAGAAAGUUAGUGAUGAUGUACACAGAGACAUGCUCAGCGAUUUACCCGAUUCCGUUAUCCUUCACAUACUCUCUUUUUUGAUGACCAAACACGCCAUUAGAACAUGCAUUUUAUCUUCAAGAUGGAAGCAUCUCUGGAAAUGUCUUCCUUCUCUUAUACUUCGUAGAUCAGAUUUUGCAUGUAAAGAAAUUUUCAUGGAAUUCAUGUAUAAGGUUUUAUCUCUUCGCGAUUCCUCUGUGUCUUUGCACACUCUCGACUUUGAGGGUAUAUCUCAUCUCUUGGAGCCUCACAUACUUGAAUGGAUUGUGAAUUAUGCUAUUUCACACAAUGUUCAACGCUUACAAUUUAAUGUAACUAGUAUCGUUGAACAAUUUCCUCUUACCUUAUUAUCAUCGCAGACUUUAACACAUCUUAACCUUACUUUAACACAUCUUUACUAUUCAGUUUGUUAUGAUUGUGGAAGCCUGUUUCCAAAAUCUCUCAAUUUGCCAGCAUUAUCUACCUUGGAACUAGGCAAUUUUACAUUUUCUAAAGGCUCUGAACCAUUUUCAACCUUUAGUAAGUUGAAAAAUUUGCUCAUUUCUGAUUGCCACGUGGAAGGUGCAGGAACCCUCUUCAUAUCAAGCGCAACCCUCGUCAAUUUUACGAUGCACGCUGAGUCAGACGAAGACAACCAAUAUAAAAUUGAUCUUUGCACUCCAAGUCUUUGUACAUUUGCUUUUCGUGGUAUUCCUUAUCAGGAGAUCUCUUGGAGCAAUAUUUCUUCACUUAAACAUGUAGAUAUUGACGCACAACUAUUUCCAUAUACUUGUUCUGGACCUCCUUUGUUUCUGUUCAAUUGGCUCUCUGAGUUUGGUAAUAUAAAAUCAUUGACAGUCACCACAAAUACUCUCCAGUCUCUCACCUUAGUUCCUGAUCUGUUGGAGUUUAAGAUUCCUUUCAUGGGUAAAUUGAAGUUUUUGAAAGUGAAAAUUGAGGAAAUUGAAUAUGAUCUUCACAUGAUGUUGUGCGAUGACAAGUUACAGAACGUUAAGUCAGAGGAAGAAGCUGCCAGGAUACAGAAAGCAUUUGAUUCAGGAUUGGAACCGUCUCCGCUCGUACCUGAUGGAAUUGUGGACUUCUUGCUUCAAAAUUCACCCUCAGCUGAAGUUGACUUGGUUGAUUGCAGAGAAAACCCUUUUAGACAGAGAUUAUAAUUGGUUUGUUUUAAUUUUUCAUUCCUUCUAUGUAUAUGUUUAUUAAUAUAUCUUUGGUUAUAACUAGUUACUAUUAGUGGAUAAGCAUUAGCUCAGCUGAUUUGUAUGCAUUUUAAGUCACAUAUAUGACCAUUUUGAUUUAUUAUCUAGCAGUCAGCUUUAUUGUCAUGAUCAUACAUGUAUCCUGACUCUGGCAUUCACAACUGGCUCCACUGUGUUUGGUUCUCACUCAGUGUUCAUGUUGACUGUGCUCCCACUUGAACUUGUGAAACUUUAUUGUUAUAUUUGGUAAUGCAAAUGCAUGAGUCGUGGAGUUAACGCAAGUCUCUAUGAGGCUCAUUUGACAUAUUUUUGCUUCAUACCUUAUUUGACCUGCAGGUACCUGCCAGGUUGUUAUAAUCUUUCAGACAAAGUAUGUCCUUAUUGGAAAACUCCUUAUAGAAGAUAUUAAGCGAUCCAUUAUAUCAAGGGCUAUAGACAUUGGUCCCUUUGUCGGAAAUUACUCAUGUCGCUCUAGAAGCAAUGAUACAAGAUAAUUAAGAAAGUUGGGUAAUGAGUUGUGUUAUUAACGAUUGGAGAGUUCGAAGAAGCUCUGCAAUAUCCAUACUAGUUUACUGCCAAUUUUUUUUAUGUAUGUUUAUGUUAUAUAACGAUCUUUCCCGAGUUUGUUGGCUGUUCAUUGAGAUCAAAGCCUCGUUAAUUUGAUCAUACAAAGGAUUAACGCUAAUUUGAUCAUUUGGUUUGCAGGCUAUUUUGAAUAUAUGUUUGGUGAUGCGGUAGUUUCACA